UUUAAAAGCAGGCGACAUAAAAAGGCUCAGCUGCAGCAGAGGUUUAACAUGUACUCCAACAAAGUGGAAGGACCACGUCGAGGACGGUCCUUUGAUUCCAUUAAUAUUGGGAUUGAAGAGAAAUUCCUGAAUAAUGAGAUAAACAAAUACACUUUCAUGAAAAUUGAGGAGAACAAUGAGAAGAAGAAUACAUCAGAGAAAGGAAGAGCAACAAUCAUCUUUUCCCUCAAGAAUGAAGUUGGAGGACUUUUGAAGGCACUCAAACUAUUCCAAGACAACCAUGUCAACCUUGUACACAUAGAGUCAAGAAAAUCCAAACGACGCAACUCAGAAUUUGAAAUAUUUGUGGACUGUGACAGCAGCCAUGAACAACUGAAUGAAAUUAUUCAGCUGCUUAGAAAACAAGUGAAUGUGGUUGGCAUGGAGCUACCAGAUAAUUCCUGUCUACACGAGGAAGAUAUGGAAGAUGUACCUUGGUUCCCUAAGAAGAUUUCAGACUUGGACAAAUGUGCUAACCGUGUCCUGAUGUAUGGCUCUGAACUGGACGCUGACCACCCUGGUUUCAAGGACAACGUGUACAGGAAAAGGAGGAAGUAUUUUGCUGAUCUUGCCAUGUCAUACAAACAUGAUGAACCAAUUCCUCGCAUCGAGUUCACAGAGGAGGAGGUAAAGACAUGGGGUGUUGUUUACAGGGAGCUCAACAAGUUGUAUCCAACCCAUGCUUGCCGUGAAUACCUAAAGAACCUGCCACUGUUGUCCAAGUACUGUGGAUGUCGAGAGGACAACAUCCCUCAGCUUGAAGAUGUUUCACGCUUCCUCAAAGAACGUACUGGGUUCACUAUCAGGCCUGUGGCAGGUUAUCUGUCUCCACGCGACUUCCUUGCUGGUUUGGCUUUUCGUGUUUUCCACUGUACCCAGUAUGUGAGGCACAGCUCUGAUCCUUUAUAUACUCCAGAGCCAGACACAUGCCACGAGCUGCUGGGUCAUGUGCCCCUGUUGGCAGAGCCCAGCUUCGCCCAGUUCUCUCAAGAGAUUGGUCUGGCCUCUCUCGGGGCCUCGGAUGAUGCGGUUCAGAAACUGGCCACAUGCUAUUUCUUCACAGUGGAGUUUGGCUUAUGCAAACAGGAGGGGAAGCUGCGAGCCUACGGAGCAGGACUGCUGUCAUCUAUUAGUGAGCUCAAGCAUGCACUGUCUGGGAAUGCAAGGAUAAUGCCCUUUGACCCCAAAGUUACAUCCAAACAAGAAUGCAUCAUCACAACAUUUCAGGAUGUUUACUUUGUGUCAGACAGCUUCGAGGAGGCCAAAGUGAAGAUGAGGGAGUUUGCUAAGACCAUCAAGCGUCCCUUCACAGUGCGAUACAACCCGUACACCCAGAGCGUGGAUGUGUUAAAAGACACUCCAAGCAUCAACAGUGUCGUGGAGGAGCUUCGGCACGAGCUUGAUAUAGUAGGUGACGCCCUCAGUCGGCUGAACAAACAACUGGGCGUCUGACUGACCAAACACAAAUCAGAAGUCCCAUCCCAGUCAUGCAUCACUGCUUACAAUGUGUUAGUCCUCGCAUCACUGUACAAAUACAGUACCGGCUGUUCAUUGCCCUAAGUCAAUACCAUGAAUGUGCACCUCUAGUUCUGUGUUUAUAUUACAUGGUCAGUGGCAAUUUAUGUGUAUUUACAGAGUCAUGUUUAGCUGCUGCUAUCAGUCCUUGUCACGAUCCCAAAGAGCUGCUUCUCAACUGCCCCGUCUUAUUUCAGUUGUUUCUGAUGGAAUAAAUGUCUGUGUUGCAAACCAUUUCUGUCCUCCAAACAGCAUGCUCACGUGUAACAAACACAGAUGUGCUUUCAGUCUACUGUAUUUAAUGCAGCUGUUGUACGUGAUUAUAUGCAUUUUUUUAAAUUAAAUUCUUCUUAUUUAAUCUCUGACUUCAGUGAUUUGUACAAUGUGCUUUGUUUAAUUAUUUGGUGUAUGUAUUAUCCUUGUUUUUUGUGCUGUUGAGAAACAAAUGUUAAAGUGACACCAGUGUUAAAGGAUGUUUAUCAUGGUAAUUAUGACACAUUUGGCAACUGUUUUACAGUUAUAAUUUUGAAUACUUUCUCUUAAAAUUAAAAAAAUUGUACAGGAAUACUGUGGUACUCCUGUAAUGGAAACAAUAUUUUUUUACUGUAAAUAUAUAUAGAUAUAAUGUACUUAUGUAUCAAAUUACUGAAAGAAAAUAAAAAAGAAAUG